GACGAGUGACAACAACACAGCAACACAAACAGGGACGCCCGCCACACAGGUUCAGAGCAGUGCAGUAGUGAGUGUUGACCAGCACCUCAGACUGCAGCAUGUGGCGCCGACCUGCCCUCCUGGCCCUGUACCUGGCUGUGGUAGUGGUCAUCACCUGGCUGGUGGAGCUGGGCCACUGGUGGGAGACAGGCCACACCACCUAUCAGCUUAUUAACCCCUUGAAGAACCUGUCCGUGGCUCAGAUCCGGCACCUGCUGGAUGCACGAGGCCAGCAGUAUGCCGGGGUGCUGGAGAAGCAGGAAAUCGUUGGCCUCCUUCAGCAGUCAGGCCCUGUCCAGUACGGGGAGCUGCAGGGCCGAUCACCCAGUGCUGAGACCAAGCCAGUGGUGGAGCUGUCGAGGAAGGAGGACAUCUAUGAGCAGAUCUAUGAUGAGAAUGAGACGCUGUGGGUGGUGGAGGUGGUGCCAGCAGAAGGCCCGUAUGCCGGCCACCGAGUUCUGGAUGACCGUACGUGGCAUGCCCUUAUGCCACGCCUCCAGGCACUCCAGGUUGACGGUGCCAUCCUCACCUGCCAGUAUGAUCGCAAGUUCUGUGCCCACCAAGGGUGGACCCACCCACAGCUGCUCUUCAUCUUGCCUCCUGAAAGAACCAGUGUUGAGCUGACCACCACGAAGCUCUCUGGCCGGGAACACAUCAUCCUCCCGUCCACCUCCCAGCUGUCUGCCAACUCUGUCCUGUCUUGGCUGCAUGGCAGACUGCUUUCCCGGGUGGAAGUUGUUGAGGACGUGAAGCAGCUGGAGCAGGUGUGGCUCAACACUACUGUGGUUCAGGAGAAAAAGAUUCCCCACAUGGUGUACAUCUCUGAGCUGCUGAGUCCCCCGCUGUUGAUUGCUGCCCUGGGUCUGCGCCUCUCAACCCGCAUCAAGCUGGCAUCUUUCACCGUGAAGAAGGAGGAGAAAGAGCAGGUGUCUCGGCUGCUGCGCAGGUCAGGGUUGAGCGGUGUGCCCAGCCUUGCAGUGACCACCUCAGAGGGCGUGGCAUCUUAUGGCGCCCAGCGUGGGGAGGCACUCACAAUGCCGGCGCUCGGCCUGUACAUCUGUGCCCUGCAGCCGCACCUCAACGAUGCCUUCCUGGUGUCCCUGGGAGUGGCCAACCUGCUGGCUGCCACUGACUUCUUUUACUUUCUGAAUGGACGAGCACGGCUGUGGAGGCAUGUGGCUGCCAGCCUCACACGAGCAGCUGUCAACAAUGCCGGAGUGAUGCUGCUAUGGCUGGCAGUCACUGCUCUGCUGCGGCCUGCCUCCAUCCGUGCCGCUCUGCCCUCUGCUGCAUUGCUAGUCACCUCCUUCAGCACCACUCGCAUAUCCUCCUUCAUGCGCUACCACUGGCUCAUGGUCCAGAGUCACCCUGCCAUCUUCUGGGCGGCAGCAGUGGUAUUUGCCAUUUCCAUCUUGGUGUGGCGAAACCUGUUGUGGAGGCGCAGCACGGAGCAGGAGGAGCCAGAGAGUGGCUGGUGGAGUGCCUUCCCUGUGGAUGCAUAUCUGGUGGAUGUGUUGUUCCGUCCCAUGACCUCCCUGUCGCGGCCCCGCCCCUCACAGGACCUUGGUUUGGAGGAGGGCAUGGAGCGCCUCAUUGAGCGGCUGGCCACGCCUGACCUGUGGCUGCACCCUGUCAUCCCCACGGACUACAUGAAAGAGCUGCCCAUGUGGCGUUAUGAUGGAUGGGGCAAUGAGGACGACCUCAAGUCAGAGAGUGAAACCGAUGUGGACAGUGUGAGUGAGAAUGAGAGCGACACCCUGCUAGAUUCCCACACAUGCUGCCGGGACGAGGAGUGCCGCCUGUGCUCGCUUUGGGCCUCUGUCAAGGAAAUCCACGUGUGUCACCGUUGUGCCAUCCUCAAACGCAAACUGGAGCGACGACACCUGCGACGGCGGGUCACAGGCCAGCAGGACCACAGCGCCGCCACCCACGAGAUGCUGCUCAGGGUGUGUGAGAGCUGCUGCAAGACACGCCAGAAGCAGCCAGUCCCAGGCAGCAGCGUGAAGCAGGGCAGGAGCAAAGGUCCCAGCUGGCUCCUGUCACCCCAGCGGUUAACGGAGCUCAAAUGGUCUGCACCUGCACAUGCUAUAGAGAGCCGCAUCUGUGCCAUAUGCCUGGGACGAUAUGGGUGGGCGGCGGUGCUGUGUGGGCUGCCGUGUGGACAUAACUACCACCAUGCGUGCAUCACUGAGUGGCUUCUCAAGGACAACCACCACUGCCCCACCUGCCGCUGGCCCUCUUAUAAGGCAAAACCUGUAGCUGCAUCAACACGGGACCACCAAGACUAAUGGCUGUCUCCCCACUAUGCCUUCCCACACCAGCAGCAUGUUAGGCCAGUGAUUCAUGUGUUGGGCUGCUGGGAAGGGCCUCAGAGGGUUGGUGUUGCAUUGGCUUGCUCUGGGCUUUAUUGCUUUAUUUUAAUUCAUGGUAAUACAUUUCUUUUAAAAGCCAUGACAAAAAGCUCCUUUUGGGGCAAUUCAAAAGCUUUACAAUUGCCAAAUAUGUAUACUCUAUUUUUUAUCUUAUAGUACAGGAACGUGUGGUUGUGUAAGCAAUUUAGAAUAAUAUAGAUGUGACUGAAGAAAAUGUGUGCAUUCAGUGAAAUAAUGAACAAAGAAAAAGCUGAGUGAAAAAAAGAAAAUGGAGAAAAAUAUUGGGUGUCCAAAUUUGAUUUGGAUAAUUUAAUUUAGAGAAAAAUUGACAGGAUUAUUAACUGGAUUAGCACUUGGCAAGCAUACAGAGAAAAAUCCUGAAGCAGCGAGUUUGUGUGCCAAGCUGUGGGAGAGUCAACAGAGCCCAGGGACCAUCGUGCUGCUGUUGUGAUGAUGAAAAAGGCUGCUGAGGAAAUAAAGAAAUCGUGAAGAACAAAGUUAAUAUACAGUACAAAAUGCUCAAAUCUAGACUAAAAUGGCAUAAUAGCUAUUUCUUUCUAUUGUUCAUGAUUCAUUAUUCAUGGAAGUGUUUCUUGAACAACGAAAAGUCUUCUAGGAUGACUUUCCUUACAACCAGUGAAUCACAAAUGAUGGCAGUGACUCAGUACCUUCACCCUUCAGUGUCCAUCUUCAGACACUUCAGCAGAAUUCUCUACUCAACAAUUUUCAUCUCUUCACACUUCUCAUGGCAUUAUUACACACAGGGAAGAUCCAUGUACAAAAUAUACGUGAAUAACAUCGUCUCCUAAUCCCUGUAUGAGAGAGAGCAGUUUAAGGAAGAAAAGUAUUAUGAAUGCUUGUGUAUUUUUUUCUGUGAUUGCCAUUAUUGACUACUAUUUGCAUGUGGAAAAGGGGGAAUAUAUUUAUUGAACUGGA